CAGUAGGUAUUGUCAGUCAGGGGGUAGAGUCUAAGUGGUGAGGAGUGGAACCGUUGUUCGGUUGUGCACCAGACACCAUGGUUGAUACUCGAAGUGGAAAGAGUACCGUCCCCUACACGCAGGCUCAAGAGGAGCGUGCCGCUGCCAUUUUGAAAGAAAGAAAGGAGAUGAAGGAGAAGAAAGGGCUCCUUAAGCAGGCGAAGUUAAAAGCAAUCGCAGAGGAGCAGGCGGCGAAGAAGAAGAAGUUGGAGGCGGAGAUGAGAAGAUUAAAACAGGAGGAGGAAGAGAAGAGGAAGGUUGCCGAAGAAGAAGCAGCAGCAGAGGAGGAGGAGGUAGAAGAAGAACCCCUUGAAGGGAGGUGUGGGGGAGAUAGAGGAGAGACAAGUGGCACGAAGGGAGAGGAGGCAUGGAUGGAGAAACAGAUUAGCGAGUGGGUGGCUAACUUAUCGUUGGGAGAAGACGAAGAGGCACUGAUGUACGUGCCACAGGAGGAGAGAGAAGCGUUUGCCAGGGAAUUAGAAGCAAAGGAGGACCCCCUGGAAUGCCAGACCGAGGAAGAUGAGAAGCGUUUGGAGUGGAAGUUGUGGCUGGCAAGAGAAAAGAAAAGGAGGGAAGAGGCCAACCGGGUGGCCAAAGAGGUGGAGAAGAUCCGCGCAUGUAGACAAGAGGUUCAGGCACAGGCAGAAACCCCCGCGAAAUUAGAUAAGAUUCUGGCGUACCUUGAGGUUCUGAGUGAGGCCUGGCUUGAGGAGCAUCAGGCCAACAAGGGUCAAGAUGUGACCCUUCAUGCCAUCCGGUCCGGUUUUAGGGAGUUUGCGCGCAACGUGGUAACCCACGUCGGGACCGAAGUCAAGAAACUAAAGGAAGGCGCAGAGAAGUUCUGUGUCGGCGCCAUUGAGGGCGCCAAAGUGGUGGCCACAGUAGAGGCCGCGUCACGUCCUCGCAAAGAGCCUGUGAAACUCAAAUUUCCUGAUGCCUAUAGCGGGAAAAAGGACGAUAGCUUUGAUAACUGGGAGGCUAGCAUUAAUACAUAUGUGUAUUUGCAGCAUAUCGCCCCCGAGGAGCAAGUGCUUGUAGCCUUCCAUGCAUUGAAGGACAACGCAGUCAGCUUCGCAAGGUCUCUUGCGCGCGCCGCUGAUUGCGAGCAUAAUAUGAUUGCGUAUUCUAGGCUUACCCCUCUUUCCACUUUUCUCCAACUCCUGCGUGAGAGGUUCGUUGACGUUUCAAGGGGCGUCAGGGCCUUUGACAAAUUGCAAAUCAUCCACUCGCGACACUGGAGGAGUGCGCGAGCACUCAAAGCUGUUAUGGAUGACUUGGUAGCUGUCUCAGACCACGGGGUCACUGAGACCCAGUUGGUCCAAUUAUUCUAUCGUGCCAUGCCAGAGCCCUUGUCAGGGCAUUUCUUUGAUAAGACCCAAUAGGCCAACAUAACGUACGAUACGUUAAGUGGAGAAGUGGUCCUGUUCGAGGCCAAGUCUAUGCCAAAUUCCACUUU